CUAUGAUGGUAAUAGUAAUUUAAUAUUUCUCGAUAUAUCUAGUUAAGUGAGGUUAAACCAGAGUAAACGAAAAAUAAACAACUGAUCAUCUGUUUACCCCUUCCAAAUUAAUCCGGAAAUCUGAGCAAAAGAUGGCGGAGCCAAUCAGCUUUUAGCGUAUACGAUGGCAACACUCUUCCAAGACGCACACUGGCAACGCACUUUUAGCAGUUAACAAUUUACAGUAAAAUGAGCGAUAAUGAAAGUUGUAAUAAAGAUGAAUCUGAAGAGAAUUCGGAUGAUAAUCUUCACAUUGCAAUUGAAAGUCCAAGUCGUAAGAGAAAGCCUUCUCCAGUUCCCACAGAGUCUGAAAGAAAAAUUAUAGAAUAUAUAGAAGAUGAAUUGGAACACAAACUUGAAGAAAAAGCUGCAAAAAGCAAUUUAAAUGUGAUAAACGUUAAAAAUAUCAUUAAACAUGUACUUACAAGUGAAGAUGUAUUAAACCUAAUUAAAGAUGCAGAAGGUUCAAAAAGUGGUGAGAACAUUUCUCCUCUUUUUGAACUCAAAUGGACACGAUCAAAAGUGAAGGAAUUAUCUUCAGCAUCCGGAUUACCGUUACCUCCUGUAAACUUGACAGCACCAAAACCAGCAUCUGAAGUUCAGGUUUUAUUUACUGAAGAGUUACAGGAAGAUUCUUCUGGAGAUGAAUAUAUUCCUGGCAUGGGUGAUGAAGAUAAAGAUGAUAUGGAAGAGAGUGAGGAUGAUCCAGAUAAUUCAUUAUUCAGUGAUCCACCUUCCAUUGAACCUGAAACUCCUCCGGAACAGCAUGUUGCUUCACCUCCACCACCACCCCAACCUAACACAGAUGCAGAUACUCAUUGGACCGAAGAUGGGGUCUUUAAAAUUCCAUCUGCGCCUAAGGAUAAGGAGGAGCCAACAGAUGAAACAACAAUUGCUAAGAGAACCAGAUCAAAGUUAAGCUUGAGUUCAACACCAUUAGAAGUUAUAGAAGAAGCAUUUAUACCGCCCGAUAUUCCGCCAGAUUUGUAUGAAAUGCACUGUGAUAAUGAAGACUGGAGGGAUUUUCUUAAAACAUUCACUCGACCUUUGGAAGAAGUUGAAAAAGUUCCUGAAGAGGAAGAAUUAGAUCCGGAAUAUAAUGUUUUGUCUGAUGAAGAAAUCGAUAAACCAGACAAAGAGGAAUUAAGAGAGGAAUUGAGAGUUGACCGAGCAGUUAAAGUGAGCAAAAAAGAGUUGAAUGCAUUGAUAGCAGAACUGUAUGAAUUUUGUUCAAACGAGCAAGCACAUCUUGAUGGUAUUGAAGAAGACGACUUCGAUCCGACUUCUUUCUUAGAAACUCAGCUGGUAGAGGAUAAUUCAAAGAAAACAGAUACAUUGGUGAGCAAUGCUGAUGAAUCAGCGUUUCAGACUAAAACGGACGAUGCACGUUUGUAUACCGAUAUGCAGAUAAACUUAUUGGAGCAACAAAUGCGACAACAUGUGCAAUUACUGACACAAAACUUUAUACUUACAUACGAGCAUCCAGAGAUUCACCAGCAUGCUAAACAGAUGAAGGAAUAUUUGUUAAAUUUGAAAUAUCUAGCUGGAGAUAACGAAGAGUCAAAAUUUUGCGCUGUUAACUUAGAAGAAGCUCUUGACUUAGUAUCAUCUUGGGAAGAGCUAGUCGCUUCUAAUACUGAUGAUGUAAAGAGAAUGAAAAGCCACGUCGAGAGCACCAUGAAUAAAUCAUUAGCCUGUACACAAAAAGGAAUCGAAUAUAUAGUAACAUUCCCUUCAUUAAUAUUGGAAACCAUUUCUAGCAGUUGUGUAUUUUUAUAUCCAUCUCUUCUUCCGAAAAUUCCUUUCAAAUCACCAAGAUGUUUUCAUUCAAAAGUAUUUACAAAUCCUGAAUUGCAAUUAGUUUCUAUAGGUCUGGAACAGUUUCUUCCAUUCGCUACUCAAGAAUUAGGAUCGGGAAAAGUUGCAAAGAAAAAACUACAUGAGUAUUUGUCAUAUUUUAUACAUGAAUAUGUAUUGCCAAUAAAAAGUCCGAGGCAAAUAGAACGGCUUAUAAGUAGGUGCGAGUAUACCCGAUGUGGUGCUAAUCCUAUCAAAUAUUUCUUUACAUUUAAGAAAGCUCCAUCUUAUGUUCAAUUUUAUAUUCCAUUAGAAGCGCUAAAAAUAUUACCCCCCUGUCAAAGAAAACCAGAAGAGUUGCCUUAUCAAUGGAAGAAGUUCUGUUUUCCUUCUCAUGAUAAGGAUAAUAGAACUCCGAAUCCACUCCCAACACAAAUAAAUUCAAUUGGAUUGCAGAAUAUAACUAAGAAUCCACUUUCAACACAGAUAAAUUCAUUUUGGUUACAACCAGUAUCACAACCAAUUAGCAAUACCCAACAACUAAUAUUACCCAAGGGUGCAAUAUCGCUAGGCAAUAGUAAUAGUCAAUUGAUAUUGUCCAAUAAUACCCAACAACAACUAAUAUUACCCAAGGGUGUAACAACUUCAACCCCAUUGUCUGUAGUACAGAGAAAAAAACCUCUAAGAAAACGCAGCAGAAGGCAAAGUUUGUUUCAGUCAAGAUUGGAUAAAGUCAAACAAGAUCCAAUAUCAAAAUUUGUGAGAAUUUUAUGCGAACCAUCACCAAUUAACAAAAUCCUGAGGUUAUUUUCUUCUGUAUCAAGAAGUCAUACAAGUGAGGAUACAACUACAGAUGAAGAAAUUAGUCCUCCGCCUAAAAAGAGUAAUUUAUUAAGUCCAGGAGUUAGUCCUAAUACCAGUUUUAAAGAGAAUAUUAGCCUGCCUGUAACAGAUACUCAUAAUAUGUUACCAAAUAUGCCAAGCUUAAGCUCUGUUAUAAAAAUUAAUUCCCUGAAUGAAGAUACUGGUAAUGAAGGAAAAAAUACAAAUUCUUCGAAACAUAAUAUUAGCUUAGAAAUUUCAGAAGAAGGAGUUUCAGAUUUCCAAUCGAUAAGUGAGCAUAGUGAAGAAAAUAAAAUGGAUAAGGAUAAUUCAGAUGGGAGCAAUAUUUUAACUGCUACACCUUCUACCACCAAGACUUCAAUAACUAAAAAAGAACUCUCUGGUGCAGAAAAGAAAAGAGCUAAGAUGAAAAGAGAAUUUUUAGCCAAUCUAGCAAUUUCGACUCCUGAAGAUUAUGAAGUUGAACAAGAGAAACAUAAAAUGUUUGCAUUGGCAUACUACGACAAAUUGAGAGAAACAUUGGAUCUACAAACUUAUCACAAAAUGACUCAAAUCCUCUGCGACUAUGAAAAAGACGAUGCUCUAGAACUCUACUAUAAAGUUGAAGCUGUUUUAAGUGUAAAAUACAAAGAAUUGGCGGAUGAAUUUCUUCUGUUUCUUCAAGAAAAGGAAGCUGCUGCAGCUGGGCGCCUAAUUCCAUGGAUUCAAAUGAAUAAUCGUUCAAAAUUUUUAAGGAAAGUGGAAACUUUUUUUAAGGAUCAACCGGCUCAGUUGCGGAAGAUAUAUCAAAGCCUUACGGAGUUGUCACACACUGUAGGAGUUACCAAGGAAAAGAUGAAAAGUAGUCUAGUGCCAAUGUUUAAAGGAAACACAUUCUUGACCGAUUUGUUUUUACAAAACUUCAUGGACGAGCCGCCCCCACCCAGUUUAAUGGAAGGACCUUAUGAGGUAAUCGAUGUCAAUAAAGAAUUAGCUACAAAUGAUGAUGAGGAACCCUUUGAAACGAUAACAGUACCAGAUGUAGAAGACAAAUAUGGCGGCAUUACAUGUAUCUGUAGUUGUCAUGAAAUUGAAGAUGUAGAGUUUAAAUCCAGGAUCAGACACUGCAGUAGAUGUGGAACAAAGUUUUUGAACGGCAGAGUAUAUAUCCAAACAGGAAGAGGACUGCGACCAGCUGCAGUAUCGUUUUUAAAUAGUUCAAAUACAGAUCACAGUUCAAGAUUAUCAGAAAAAUCUUCACAUAGUUUUAUUCGUCGAAAAAAGCGAUCCGAUACUAGUCCUUCGAAGCAAGUGAGCCAAUCUUCUGUGAAAGAUAAUCCUGACGAAGAAACAGAUGAAGACGGCGAGAAAAAGAAAAAACCUAAACGGAAACCCCGAAGUAAGAAACCAAAGUUAAGCGAUGAUAAUAAAGAUGUAACGAAAAAAGCAACACCAAGUAAAGUUAGAAAUUUAAGUAAAGAAUUUAAAUCUACACCUCGAAAACGAACGUAUUUAAAAAAAAUGAAUACAACUCUUAAAGUGGAACCCAUGAAAAUUGGAAUUGAAGAACAAGAACACAUAGAAACCGAAUUAGACGAGCAUGUGGAAACGGAACAAGAAGAGCAGGUUGAAACUGAAUUGGAAGAACAAGUAGACACAUAUACAGACGACAAGACUUAUAUUAAACCUGGUACUAGCAAUGGGCAGCAAAAAAGGUUGCAUGAUGAAUCAUGUGAAGAAGGAGAUCAAAGUGCUGCUGGUGAAUCUUCGGGUGAAGUGAAACUUGGCAGUCCAGAACAACAAACUGCGGAUUCAGAGAGUGAGUUUUGUGAAGAAUCCUCUCAGGAUAACUGUGAAUCGGAUAGCAAUUCCAGUACAUCGUCUAUUAUUAACACACCUCAGAGUUAUGCCGAUGUGUUAAGUCAUAAUUCAUCCUGGAAACGGGAAGAGGACAAGAUAAUUUUGGAAGGAUUCCAAACCGAAAAUGAUAAAGAUCGUGCGUUCAAAGCAAUAGCAAACCAACUUAGGAAUAGAACAGUGGACGAAAUUAAAGCCAGAUUUGAUACCUUGAUGGACUUAUUGAUGAAAACUGUUGAAGAUCAUAGAGAUUAAUUAAAUUUUAUUUUUUCCUUGUUUUAUAAGUGUUCAAAAUAUUUUAUUUAUUUUUCUGUGUAUAUAAAUAAUUUAUUAUUGUUUUAUUCUGUUCAAGUGAGAAUUAAAUAAAUAUUUUUUUGUACCAUU